AUGACCUGCGGCACCUGCGUUGGAAGGAUAUCUGAAGCUCUGGAAGCCCAACCAUGGUCGCGAUCCGUUGAUAUUAGUCUUCUCAGCAAUAGCGCUGCUAUAACUUUAUCUGGCAGAGAACACGUGGAGGAUAUUGUUGGUACAAUCAACAGUAUAGGCUAUGAAGCAACAGUAGAAAAGGUGGAGGAGUUAAAAGACUCCCGGAAGACAUCAAAGAAAGCAGCGAGUGACGUGUACCAGGCAUCUUAUUCCAUAAGUGGAAUGACAUGCAGCACAUGCAUUGGAACUAUCAACAACGCACUUCGACAGCAUAGUUGGAUAAAGAAUGUUCAUAUUAACCUUAUCUCGAACAGUGCUCUUAUCGUUUACCAAGGGAAAGAUAACCAGAGUCAGAUCACGGAUUCUAUCGCAAACGUCGGGUACGAUGCCGUGAUAAAUAAUGUGGUGGAAUUAGGUAGUUCACAAUAUCAAGAUCAGCGGAGAGAGACACUAAUUCGCGUGUCUGGGAUGUUCUGUGAGAAUUGCCCCCGACGCGUCUAUGAUGCUCUCUCAGAAUUCGGGCAGAGUGUCAUCAUUGAGGAACCAUUAACCCUGGCAAAUCCGACCCUGAAGGUCCGAUAUACACCAAAUGCUCCAGAAUUCACUAUUAGAGAUAUUCUUGCUUCGAUCUCAGCCAGAUGCCCCAGCUUCGAAUUGAGCAUUUACCAUCCUCCGACACUGGAAGAACGUGCACAGGCUAUCCAUAUCCGCGAGCAACGGCGUCUGCUGCUCCGAGUUGCUCUGUCAGUUACAAUUGCCAUUCCGAGUUUUAUUAUUGCUAUCGCGCUGGGAAGUCUCACCCCGUCAGAUAGCAGAGUAAGGCAAUUCUUUGCGCAACCGAUUUGGUCUGGUCAAGUCACACGAGCGGAUUGGGCACUUUUCAUCAUGGCUACCCCAGUAUAUUUUCUCGCCGCAGAUAUUUUCCAUCGACGGGCACUGAAGGAAAUUUGGGCCAUGUGGAGGCGUGGAAGCCCUACUCCUCUACUUCAAAGGUUUUAUCGCUUCGGAAGUAUGAAUACACUCAUGUCUCUGGGGACGUCUAUUGCCUAUCUUUCGUCUAUUGCACAACUGGUUCUCGCUGCCACCAAUCCUUCACGAUCCACGUCUCACGCGGCCAGCUCCACUUACUUUGACUCUGUCGUAUUUCUUACUAUGUUCCUACUUGUUGGAAAGUUGAUUGAGUCCUACAGCAGGUCGAAGACCGAUGAUGCUGUGAAAAUGUUGGGAAGCCUUAGACCAACGGAGGCUCUUCUAGUUGUCCCUCAUACUAAUGGAGGCCAGCUUCUACAAUCUGGCGAUUAUUCGAGACACACCAAAAGGGUCAACAUCGAUUUACUUGAGCUGGGCGAUAUAACCAGAAUCCCUCACGGCGGCUCCCCCCCCUGGGAUGGAUCUGUAGUUGAAGGCGAUUCGGAGUUUGACGAGUCUAGUUUGACAGGGGAGUCCAAGCUAGUGCCGAAAAAAGUAGGCGACAAAGUCUUCUCCGGUAGUAUUAAUAGGGGAAAUCCAGUGUCUAUCCAGAUCACAGGCGUUGCUGGGGACUCAAUGUUAGAUCAAAUUAUUCGGAUCGUUCGUGAAGGCCAAGCGCGACGGGCCCCAGUGGAACGUCUUGCCGACACCUUAACAGCCUAUUUUGUCCCAUCGAUCACGCUACUUGCUGUCUCUACGUGGAUAAUAUGGCUGGGAUUGGGCCUUUCCGAUAGUCUGCCCCAAGAUUAUCUCGAUACCCCUCGGGGCGGCUGGCCACUUUGGUCGUUACAGUUUGCUAUUGCUGUAUUUGUGAUUGCAUGUCCUUGCGGGAUUGCGCUCGCAGCUCCAACGGCGCUCUUUGUGGGAGGUGGUAUUGCUGCCCAAAAUGGGAUCCUUGUUAAAGGCGGGGGACAGGCGUUUCAGGAGGCGAGCCAACUUGACUGCGUCGUCUUUGACAAGACUGGUACCUUGACGCAGGGGAGUGAGCCUGUGGUUACCGACUAUGCCGCGUUACCACGGGAUGACGCAGCACUAAUGUCUUCCAUGAUUCGGCGGCUCGAAGAAACAAGUAGCCAUCCAAUUGCAAAAGCAGUUGUCGCAUACCUCAAAGACGAGCAUCUGCAAGACUUACAGGUCAAAUCAAUUGAUGACAUCCCUGGCAAAGGGAUGAAAGGUACAUUCACGAGCGAGGGACGAGAUGUGGAUGUCAUCGUAGGCAGCGAGGCACUGAUGGCCGACUAUGGGGUGGAUCUGCAGAAUGGGAUAUGCCAAAACGUUUACUCUUGGAGGACUAUGGGAAAAUCAACUGCGACAGUCGCGUCGAAUACUGGCUCUGUAUGGCAGUUUGAGAUGUGUUUUGCUAUCUCAGAUCCACCUAGACGGGAGGCUCGCGCUACAGUGGAUGCCCUUCGGCGCAGAAACAUUGAUGUCUGGAUGCUAUCAGGUGACAACAUCACAACUGCUGCUGCUGUUGGUGACAUGGUUGGGAUCCAUAAGGACAAUAUAAUAGCUGAAGUCUUACCUGGCCAAAAAGCGGAGAAGAUCCAGCAUCUACAGAGGACGGUCCUGGAGCUAAAGAAUCAGAACAUUUCCCGAAAAUCUCGUGCGCGUUCAAAGCAGAGAGCAACAGUCGCAAUGGUAGGAGACGGUAUUAAUGACUCUCCCGCCCUCACUGUUGCUGAUGUGGGCAUUGCUAUUGGCUCCGGAUCUGACAUUGCCAUAUCCUCUGCCGAUUUUAUCCUUGUUUCGUCACAAUUGGAUUCCAUACUGACCCUGAUCGACCUAAGUCGCACAGUCAUGACAAGGAUCAAGUUCAACUUCGGGUGGGCGUUAAUCUAUAACCUUAUUGCCUUACCCAUUGCAGCAGGAGUGCUAUACGUGGUUAAGAGUGAUGGAGAUCAUGUUCGGCUCGACCCUGUCUGGGCAAGCCUGGCAAUGGCUCUUAGUAGUAUCAUUGGCAUUGCCAGCCAGAUAUCAGUCAAACUGGAUACCGCACUAGCAGAGUUAGCCGCUCUUCAAGCCUACCAUGUUGACAACUUCUUUGAUGAUAAACUCUUUGAUCUCAAACACCUCCAGCGUCCUGUCGACAGCCCGAGAAAACUUAGCCCAACGACCAAAACAACUUACACUUCGCAACCACCUACAGGGUUGCAUUUGCUGGGUUUCUUCGCACCGGACAGUUCACCUGCAAGAGAGGAGGCCUCGGCACAACUUUAUCUUCUCAGCAACAAAGCUAACGCGCUCAAUCCUUAUUAG